CGGCCAUUUCGUUGGUGUUCUCCCCAGCCCUCGGAAGCUUAGUGCUGCAGUAGCCACUCACCUAACACCGAACCAAUCAAAAUGAGCGACGCAGCCCUCUCUUUCGCCAAGGAUUUCUUGGCCGGCGGUGUGGCCGCUGCUAUUUCCAAGACAGCCGUAGCACCUAUUGAGAGAGUGAAGCUUCUGCUGCAAGUCCAACAUGCAAGCAAACAAAUCACUGCUGAUAAGCAGUACAAGGGCAUUGUUGACUGUGUUGUGCGUAUCCCCAAAGAACAAGGUUUCCUGUCUUUCUGGCGUGGUAACCUUGCCAACGUGAUCAGAUAUUUCCCAACCCAAGCCCUCAACUUCGCUUUCAAAGACAAAUACAAGAAGAUCUUCCUGGACAACGUCGAUAAGAGGACCCAGUUCUGGCGCUACUUUGCUGGUAACCUGGCUUCUGGUGGUGCUGCUGGAGCUACUUCACUCUGCUUCGUCUACCCUCUUGACUUUGCCCGUACCAGAUUGGCAGCUGAUGUGGGCAAGGCUGGUGCUGGCCGUGAGUUCAAGGGUCUCGGCGACUGCUUGGUCAAGAUCUUCAAAUCUGAUGGGCUUAAAGGCCUUUACCAAGGUUUCAACGUAUCUGUUCAGGGUAUCAUCAUCUACAGAGCUGCAUACUUUGGAAUCUACGACACUGCUAAAGGUAUGCUUCCUGAUCCCAAGAACACACACAUCUUCGUCAGCUGGAUGAUUGCCCAGUCAGUAACAGCAGUGGCAGGUUUUGCUUCCUAUCCAUUUGACACAGUCAGACGUAGAAUGAUGAUGCAGUCUGGAAGGAAAGGAGCUGAUAUCAUGUACUCUGGAACAAUUGACUGCUGGAAGAAGAUUGCACGUGAUGAAGGUUCCAGAGCUUUCUUCAAGGGUGCCUGGUCCAAUGUGCUCAGAGGAAUGGGAGGCGCUUUUGUGCUAGUCUUGUACGAUGAGCUGAAGAAGGUCAUCUAAACCUGUCCUUGUUACCUGUGACAUGGCAUGCUGUAUUAUGUAACAUACCUUGAACGGUCAUGGACUUUUUUUUGUCAAACUCCACUUUAUUUAUAAAGUGCAACUAGUAGUCUGCUGGUUGCUAUUUGGGGAAUCAAUCCUAUUACAUCUCACCAGCUUUCCAUAUUAACAUAAAUCAUUCCCUUUCCUCUGUUGAUACUAUGUGAGCCUGCAUUGUGCUGUAAUGGCAUGCUGUAGGCUCGUAGCAGUAGAGGGCUUCAUGCAAUGGGACUCAACGCUCCUUUAUUUUUUAUUUCAGUCACUCAUGUUUUUAAGUAACUUAGGUCUGAGGAAAUAAAAAAACAAAAUACGAA